UGUUCCUGGACUUUCGUCCGCCAUGAUUCAGACCUAAAUGCCACAUGCACCAUUAAUAAGAAAAUAAACUGUAGUUUUACGAUAUAAUUUUCAACUUAAAGUAUAAAAUGCACACAAGCUUGCCGUUAUCAAACACGUUGUCAAAACAAUCACAAUGAAUCCAAACAAUACGAUGUGCGAAUUUACAUCAACAAAAAUGUUUACCUUUACUGAUGAGGAUAGCGAAGAAUUACUAGAAGUUAUUAUUCCAGAGAUUGCUGAAGCAGCAUAUGGCAUGUAUACAUGGCCAUGCGCACCAGUGCUGGCUCAGUAUGUGUGGUAUCAUCGUCAUCGUUUGCAUGGGAAAAAUGUGUUGGAGAUAGGCAGUGGUACAGCUCUCACUGGUAUUGUGGCAGCUAAAUGUGGAGCCCAUGUGAUUCUCAGUGAUUCUGGUUUGCAUCCUGAAUGUCUGGAAAACUGUCACAGGAGUUGCAGAGCAAAUGGAUUAAUAGAUGUGGAGAUUACACCCAUAACUUGGGGCUUAAUCACACCCAAUUUUCUCAGUUUACCCCAAAUCCACUUCAUUUUUGGUUCUGACUGCUUUUAUGAUACAAAAGAUUUUGAAGAUGUGCUGGUAACAGUUUCUUUUCUGCUGCAUCAGAAUCCUUUGGCAGAGUUUUGGUGCACUUAUCAGGAAAGAAGUGCAUCAAGGUCCAUCAAGUUUUACUUACAGAAAUGGGGAUUACAAGCUGAAUUUGUGCCCACUGACACCUUUUUCACAAAGGAACAAACUAAUGAUGCUCCUGGACUUGACAGUGUCCACAUGAUUCUCAUAACGUUACUUACAGACAGCCAAGUACAGAUGUCUAGUGCUAUAUCUUCAUGAUGUUAAUAAAAAAAGUUAUGUUGCAUGUCUGAUAUGGUUGUACAUAGUCUUCUUUCAAGCUAAACAAUGCACACUUAAAACUUUGAAUUAUGCACAAGUUUAUUGAUUUUUCUACAGUCAACAGUAGUGAACAAUCUGCAAGCAGAUCUUGAACAAAUUUGGAAAACGAAAAAAAAA